AUGUCGAAGAAGCAGAAGCUCAAUACGAGGAGCAGCACCGAAGCAGAGUUGGUUGGUGCCGAUGAUACCGUCCAACAACUGUUGUGGACACGUUUGUUUAUGGAGUCUCAGGGUUACCGCAUGGAUACCGUCCUCAAACAAGACAACAAGUCGACGAUCCAAUUGGAAAACAACGGCAAGGACAGUUCUACAAGUCGUACGUGA